UGCGUACUGCGUAGAGCAAACUACAGCCGAAAAGUUGUCCGAGUUUGUAAAUCAAGCUUUCUUAGCCAUGUAGCUAGAUUUAUGUGCGUGUAAUGGGAUGGGUUAACUUGAUUGCUGUUUAGGGGGCAAGACGACACAUUGAAUCGUGGAUUAUUAUCAAGAAGAUCGUUUGCAUAGGUGCUUUGGGAAGACGAUUACUCUGUUUUUUGAAAAGCUAGCGUUAGCCAACUAACGUCGCUGUUGGUACACCCAUCGGAUUAUUUCGGUUCAAAUUAUGGCUUUUGGGUUGAUUCAGCAACGUAGAUGACGUUAUGGAUCAUACAUAACUAAGCAAGGUACCGAUAUAAACAUGCAUUUUGCAAUCUCGACACAGUCAACGGCAGGAAACAGUUUUGGAAAAACGUUGGAUGUUUCUGGGCCCUGGUAAUGCGAACCGACCCUCGAUUCAUCUGCACGACCAACGUUAGCCGAAAUAUCGUAGCCAACUAGCUGAAAAAACUUCACUAAGUAAACAACCCUUUGAAUAGACUGAACGGGAGUACACAUUAUCAAUCUGGAAUUUGCUGAUCGACGCGGUUAAAAUUAGAGAAACUGAAGCAUGAUUGCUUUGCCGGUGCUGAAGGAACAGGGAACACUGAUGGCUGGAUAUAGGCAUCGAAUGGUCCUCUAGAAAAGCCAUGGGUAGCUGCUGUAGCUGUCCUGAUAAAGAAUCUAUUCCUGAUAAUCACCAAAGCAAAUUCAAGGUGGUCAAUGUGGACGAUGAUGGGAACGAGCUGGGGGCCGGCAUCAUGGAGUUGACUGAGGCCGAGCUGGUACUCCGCACACGCAAGUGCGAGGCCGUCAAGUGGCCGUACCUGUGCCUGCGCCGCUAUGGCUACGACUCCAACCUCUUCUCCUUCGAGAGCGGCCGGCGCUGCCAAACAGGACAAGGGAUCUUUGCCUUCAAGUGUGCGCGUGCGGAGGAGAUCUUCAACAUGCUGCAGGAGAUCAUGCAAAGUAACAGCAUCAGUGUGGUGGAGGAGCCCGUCUUCGAACCCACCCACAUGCAGCCCGAACCCGACCAGGCACAGCCCCCGCGCACCCCCACCACUCCAGGUAACUCGUUGCCCACGUUACCCAAUGGCAGCUUACGGUACCCGUCGAUAGGCGACGCCUCCUCGCACCCCUCCAGCCGCCACCCGUCAGUGGGCAGCAACCGGCUGCCCUCCGUGGGGGAGGAGUCCACGCACCCACUCCUGGCACCGGACGACGCCACGCGGGCUCACACGUACGUCAACACAUCGGGUCUCUUGAACGAGCCCUCCAGCCCCGGCGUGAGCUCCACCUCUGUAGAGGCGGCGGUGGCGGCGGCAGCUUGCCCCUUCCCAGACACCCAGCCGGAGGACGUCCCUCCAGACCCGGGGCCCCGCGUGCAGCUGGAGCCAGAGGGCGUGCGGUUCGUACUGGGCCCCACCCCUGCACAGAGACGGCAGCAGCAGCAACAGCAAGUUCAGCAGCUGCCUCAUGACGCGCCACAGGAGGGUGCCAGCGGCGGCGAGGGAGGAGGAGGCGGCGAACCCCCUCUCAGUGCCAACGGAGGGCAAGGGGUGGCGCCGCCGCCAACGGUCAGCAGGGACGGCACCUCCUCCUGCUCCUCCUCCUCUCGUCCGGAGGUGGAGACUCCUGUCCCUGUCCCGCGCCCCGCCCCUCUAGAACUCCCCAGCAGCAGCAGCAGCAGCAACAGUAACAACAACAGCGCGUCGUCGUCCUUGUCCUCGUCGUCGCUGUCCUCGUCCCACCCCACCGGCCCCCGACGGCAGCACCGCCACCGGCCGCCGCCCCUCACCCCCGACCCCGUCAACGCCAACAACUCGGCACUGCGCCGCACAGCCCUGCUGGACUACGAGAACCUCCCCGCGCUGCCGCCCCUGCGCGAGGUGCCCGGCCGCACGGGCUCCGAGGAGGAAGAGGAGGACGAGGAAGAGGAGGAGGACCAACUGAUGGUGCCCAAGACGCCCUCGUUGAACGGCUUCCACCAUCACCACCACCACCACCACCCGCACGCGCACCACACCCCCCUCCCCCUGCCGCAUCACUACCAACGCCAGCAGCAGCACAGCCCCCACGACCCCACGCACUACUACAUCAACACCGAGAACGUCACGGCGCCGCUCAGCGCACGCCUGCCCGAGUCGGCGCGCUGGAACCGCACGGCCGCGCCCACCGUCUUCAACUUCGACUUCCGGCGCUCGCUGGUGGAGCCGGGCGGCCAGCGGCAGCUCAACUACAUCGAGGUGGAGACGGACGGCCGUGUGGUUGGUGGCGCCGGGGGAGGUGGGGGAGGAGGGGGAUCGGACUCGAGCAACCCGCACACGCCCAAGACGCCAACCUCGCCCCUCCCGCUGCCCCACACGCCCACGCGACGCACGGAGCUGUACGCCGUCAUCGAUGUGGAGCGCACGGCGGCCAUGUCCAGCCUUCAGAAAGCACUGCCCCGCUACGACGGUACCUCCAGGAAAACGCGCCACAACAGCGUGGACCUGCCCAUGUGAUAUGAGACACUAAACUAAACAGACAGAAGAGACGCUACAGACAAACGCAAAAAGACAGAACUCUGCCCACGCAGACCUGAGACGUCUUGUUAGACACAAACACGUGCCUAUUUAAAACGCUACGAACUGCACGCCAGUUUUUUUUUCCCCCCUUUUUUGUUUUUUUAUACAUUAAGAGUCAGUUCUUGGAGCAGCUCCAUGCAGAGGGGUAUACUAAGAAACUGGUUCAGGAGUAAAUCAGGUAAAGAGGUAAAUCACCUAAUAGAAAAGCCUGGAGUCCUCAUGUUCUUAAAAAAUGAGGACUACAGGAUCUUCCAUUAGAUGAUUUACCUCUUCACUUAACCUGGUUUACUCCUGAACCAGUGUCUUAGCACACCCCCCAGGAGGCACAGUAAAGCCAACACUAUCCCGUGCCCACUUAGAGAGAAGGGAACUCGAGGAGAACCCAGGUGCUUUGUCGUUCUACCAUUUAUUUUUAUUCCUAUGGUAAUAUAAUACUACUAUUCUUACACUCAUUUUCCAGUGCCUGUGUAUUGGUUUUAUUAUGUUAAUAACAAGGUUGGACUACAUUCCUUGUCCAUCCCAUAUGGUACAAAUCAGUAUUACUGACCCAACAUUCCUCUUUUUUUCCAAAAUGAAAUGAGACCACAGGAUGUCUUCAUUUCAGUAUGUACGAAUAUCAUGGUACACUACAUCGUCAAUUUUCUGACUGCAUACGGUAGAUUCGUCUCGGCACAAUAAAAUGUUUAUUUUGUUCGA